CAGCAGCAGCAGCAGCAGCAACAACAGCAGGAGCAACAGCAAGAACAGGAAUCUCAAGUUCAAGUUCACGCAGAGCAAGAGGCACCUCAACCACAGCGUCUACCGCAAGAACAGCCGAAGCGGGAAGAGGUGCAGCCGCAACAAAAGGAGCCGGGUCACCUACAGCAGCAAGUCCGUCAGAAGAUAGAGAAGGACAGGGAGCAGCGAAAGCUACAGCAAGAGCAACAGCUGUUGCAGCGUAAAAUGGAAUUGGAGCAGCAGCUGCGACGGAAGUUCGAACGAGAUGCAGAAAUAUUGCGAAAACUAGAAUAUGAAAAACCGUUGCAGCAGAAGCUGGAACAUGAAAUACGAAGAAAAUUGGAGAAAGGGAAGGAGGAACAGCAGCAAAUUACGCGGCCGGAGCUGGUGAAGAAAGAAGAAACGAAGCAUUCGCCGAAAGCCGAACAGCGUGUGCAGCAACAGCUAAAAGUGGAUGAUAAGCAGCCGCAACUGCAGAAGGCGGAUGAACAGCCGGAACUGCAACAGAAACGUAAACAACUGCAAGAACCGCUGGAUAAGAAUGAGCGAGCGAAACUGCGCAAGCAAGGUGAAAAGGUGCAACUUGCGGAUGUAUCGCGUCAAGAGUCGAUUGUGCAGCAGCAAAAAUUGGAGAUAACAGUGCAACAAGCAGAUCAAAAGACACAGCGUCGGAAGGAGAAGCCGCAGUUGCCGCAGCCUGGGGAAUCGCAACAGCAGCAGCCGCAGCCGCAAUCGCAGCAAGAGCAGCCAACUGGUAUACGACCGCUCGAGGGAGUCGGUGGA